CGCGACGGCCACGCGGUCGCGGUCGCGGCCGACGGCGCCGCGCUCGUCAUCGGCGGCGCGACCGCCGACGCGCUGACGGCGCACGACGUCUGGCGCAGCGCCGACGGCGGCGCGACGUGGACGCUGGCGACGGCGACGCCCGGGUGGGCCGGCCGGACGCACCACGAGGCCGUCGCGCUCGGCGACGCCGUCUUCGUGCUCGGCGGCUUCGGCGAGUUCGGCUACUGCGACGACUGCUGGGCGUCGCGCGACGGCGGCGGCACCUGGGAGCGGCGCACGGCCGCCGCGGCGUGGGGGCCGCGCGCGAUGCACGCGGCGUGCGGCUUCCGCGGCGCGCUCUACGUCGCCGGCGGCUACGACGGUCGCGAGUGCCGCGGCGACGUCUGGGCGUCCGUCGACGGCGCGCGGUGG